GACGUACGAAACGGCCAGCGCUCAGUAUUACCGCUCGGACCCUCCGGCCGGCGGGACGUGUUCCUCGGUGUCGUGUGAUCGCACCAGCGCAUCAGAGCGCCGCCGAUAACAGAACUUAGAAUUGUUAACAUCAACUCGCCGUGUUGAGCUUUCGAAUUUAAAAUCCACGUCUAUUUAUUCGCUUCUGAAACGUUGACGCAUAUAACGAAGGCAGGAGAAAUUCAAAUGGAGAUGGAGAAAGAGUGCGUUGCGGGCUGGGGAAGGUGGCAGGCACGCAUCGCGGUGUUGCUGGCGCUGCCGGUGAUGCUGACUGGCAUGUACGGCACCAACUACGUGUUCCUGGCAGCGCGGACGCCGCACAGGUGCCACAUCCCAGAAUGUGAAGACAACAGCACACUGUCGGGGCCGGUACCGGCAGACGCGUGGUCACCGUCCUGGUCCACGUGGGCGCUGCCGCCGGACUCCGAGUGCCAUCGCCGCCCCACCCUGGACGGAGUCUGCAGCGAAGCGGGCUUUGAUAACACCACCACACUGGACUGCGAAGACUUUGUCUAUCAGCAUCACAGCAGUAUCAUGUCUGAGUUCGGUCUAGCGUGCCAGGAGUGGAAGCGUACGCUCGUGGGCACGGUCCACAACGUCGGGAUGCUCGUCUCUCUUCCAAUAAUGGGAUACGUCUCCGACAGAUGGGGCCGUCGAACAGCAUUGGUGACGAGUGGCACGGGCGCGGGACUGGUAGGGCUCUGCAAGUCCUUCGCUGGCUCGUAUCCUACUUACUUGGCGGCUGAGUUUUUCGAGACUGUACUCGGAGCUAGUGUGUAUCCUGCGGCAUUCGUACUUAUGAUCGAGUGGCUGGGGGUUGAACAAAGAAUAUUGGCCAGCUUACUACUCGGCAUUCCAUUAUCUGCGGGAGCGGCGAUGCUGGCUCUGCUGGACUAUUUGACCGGUUAUUGGCGCACAUGGGCGCGCAUUGCCUAUCCCCCAUCUUUUCUGCUGUUGCUUUACCCUUGGAUCCUACCUGAAAGUAUUAGGUGGCUCGUGGCAGGUGGAAAAGUUAACGAGGCUGUUCGGGUCAUAAAACAAGCAGCGAAAGCGAACAGAGUCACCAUUCCCGACGACACUUUAGACAAAAUGCUUUCGAAAGACCAAGUUACAGAUAAAGUGGAGGCUAUUGUUCAAGAGGAGAGCUUAUUCAAGGCUUUUAUUAAAUACAGCGCGUUGCGGAGAAGAUUGCUCGUUUGCUUCGCAUGGUGGACGUGUGCGGUGUUCGUGUUUUACGGGCUCGCAGUGCGUGCGCACGCGCUGGCGGGAUCAGCGCACGCUAACUACGCCCUGUUGGCCGCCGCGGAGUUACCAGCGCUUGUCUUGAACACGCUGUUGCUGGACCGCGCUGGCCGCCGGCCUCUGCUCACUGCGGCCUUCCUCCUCACCGCCGUCGCCCUCAUCGCUAUUCCCUGUUUGCCUGAUCAAAACAGUGGAUUGGGUACGGCGCUCUUCCUUGCGGGUAAGAUGGGUGCGACGAUGGCCCUGAACGCCCUGUACGUGUACACCGCCGAGCUGUUCCCGACGCGCGCGCGACAGCGCCUGCUCGCCGCGUGCUCCACGUGCGGCCGCGUCGGAGCCAUCCUCGCGCCGCAGACACCGCUGUUGGCUGCGUACGGGACAUGGGUGCCGACGACGCUGUUGGGUGCGUUGCCGCUGCUCAGCGCGGCGCUGACGCGGCUGGUGCCGGACACGCUGGGCCGGCGUCUCCCCGACUCUUUCGCCGACCUGGACUCCUCGUCCUCCGACAUUUCCGCCUCCACUGCUCUGCCCUAGCCCUAGCCGUCGCUCGACUCCAUUGAUCUCAACUAGAAUAGUUAUGUUAGGGUCAACGGGUUAAUGACAUUCAGCGUUGUGAUAGCAUCACAAGUACGGAACGAAGGAUGUCUCUGUGCUCCCCGUGUACGUGUGCGCCUGUGUGCGUUAGCGGCCACAUUGACAUGAGCUUUGCGUUUGAUAAUACAUAAAGACACAGAGUGAUUGUUUACCAUCUUAUCACUAGACCGAGUCUCAGCAACUGAGAUCGGUAUUUGCUAUUGCAAACAAAUACCAAGCUUCACGCCGUCUCGAAUAUCUAAACUUAAGAAGCGUAGAUUAUAUUUAAUUGUUAUUAAUCACGUGCUGUACGUGUGUGUGUGCCUCCAGCGAUACCAUGUUUUAUGUAAAUAAUUUCUAAAAUACUUACGAUUAAGAUAAAGUUUUAUAAUUUUAUAAGAAUUAAAACUAGAAGUAAGAUAACAAGUCUAAAAUGACAAUAAAAUUAUUACGAUAAGAUCGCAAUAAUUCCCAAUAUUUGCUCA